AUGAGCAUGCGCAUACCCCCGACGCUCAGCAAGGAUCAUCUCACGGGAACGAUGGACGUGAUUCGCAAGAAUGGAUCGGUCUUCGUUAGGCCGAAUUCUGUCUGCGGCACCCCGUGCGGGACGCAGGGAGUCGACGAUCUUCGCGCAACAUGUAAGCCUACAACGUGCUUCUAUCGGACGCCUCUUUCCACUUACACAGAUGACUUCAGGCCUUACCCCAGAGACGAUGCAUAUCAGAGAUUCUACGACAGCCUGCGCUGCCCCACACUCAGUACACUCACCCACAAGCAGAGGAUGAUUGGAGAUAACACAACGACAUAUGAGGCUGCGUACCAGCCGAUGGACGGAACAAGCGGCUCCUUGCCUUCCCUGCGCUUCGGAGUGAAGUGCGGCACGAUGACAUGUCCGCCCGGCACAAAACCGAUGACCGUAGGGGGCUGCAGGAACGGUUGCCCGAAUCCUCAGAGCCAAAGCUCGAUAGAUCUUGAUAGAAAGUGCAUUGCAGAUGGUAAUCUGUGCUCUAGCAGUAGAUGGAAAUCCACUUAUACCAAAGAUUAUUGUGAGGGCAUGACUUCGUAUCCUGUCGGCUUCAAUCACCAGGGAAUCAGUCAGCAUUUCACUCAGUUCCUGAACAGCGGCAAAUGGGGCACCGGAAAGAUUGAGCGGGCGGUCGAAACACUUCACUAG